GUCCCUCCCGCCGCGCUGCAGACGCGCGCAGGUGCGUGAGGCCUCGCCCGGCCGGGACCUGCAGACGCGGGCUCGCCAUGGAGCACAUCCGCACGCCCAAGGUUGAAAAUGUCCGCUUGGUAGAUGGAAUAUCUUCUAAAAAGGCAGCCCUUGGUACUUUGUAUUUGACGGCUACUCAUGUCAUAUUUGUGGAAAAUGCACCUGACACAAGGAAAGAAACAUGGAUUCUUCACAGUCAGAUUUCCACCAUCGAGAAACAGGCGACAACGGCUACCGGGUGUCCUCUGCUCGUUCGCUGCAAGAACUUUCAGCUCUUACAGCUCGUCAUCCCUCAGGAAAGGGACUGCCAUGACGUUUACAUCUCUCUCCUCCGCCUUGCAAGGCCAGUGAAAUAUGAGGAGUUAUACUGCUUUUCAUUCAACCCCAAGCUGGAUAGAGAAGAAAGGGAACAAGGCUGGAUGUUGAUCGAUCUCAGUGAAGAAUACAAGCGAAUGGGCCUCCCUAAUAAUUAUUGGCAGCUCAGCGACGUGAAUAGAGAUUACAGAGUUUGUGAUUCUUACCCUACUCAACUGUACGUUCCCAAGUCGGCCACGGCACACAUCAUAGUGGGGAGUUCCAAAUUCCGGAGCAGACGGCGAUUUCCUGCCCUUUCUUACUACUAUAAAGAUAACCACGUCUCCAUCUGCCGGAGCAGCCAGCCCCUGUCUGGCUUCAGUGCCCGGUGCCUGGAAGACGAGCAGAUGCUCCAGGCCAUCAGGAAGGCCAGCCCGGGAAGCGACUUCAUUUACGUCGUGGACACUCGGCCUAAACUUAAUGCGAUGGCAAAUCGUGCUGCAGGGAAAGGCUAUGAGAACGAAGACAAUUAUUCCAAUAUCAAGUUCCAGUUUAUCGGGAUAGAGAACAUCCACGUCAUGAGGAACAGUCUGCAAAAAAUGCUGGAAGUGUGUGAACUUAAAUCUCCCUCCAUGAGUGAUUUUCUUUGGGGACUGGAGAACUCUGGCUGGUUGAGGCAUAUUAAGGCCAUCAUGGAUGCAGGAAUCUUCAUUGCAAAGGCAGUUUCAGAGGAAGGGGCAAGUGUGCUUGUUCAUUGUUCCGAUGGCUGGGACAGGACUGCUCAGGUGUGCUCGGUGGCCAGCCUCCUGCUGGACCCUCACUACCGGACUCUGAAGGGCUUCAUGGUAUUAAUUGAAAAGGACUGGAUUUCCUUUGGUCAUAAGUUUAAUCACAGAUAUGGCAACCUAGAUGGUGAUCCCAGAGAAAUCUCUCCAGUUAUUGACCAGUUCAUUGAGUGCGUCUGGCAGUUAAUGGAACAAUUCCCCUGUGCCUUUGAGUUUAAUGAGAGGUUUUUGAUUCAUAUUCAACACCACAUCUAUUCCUGCCAGUUUGGAAACUUCCUAUGUAACAGCCAGAAGGAGAGACAAGAACUCAAAAUUCAAGAAAGAACAUACUCUCUAUGGGCUCACCUGUGGAAGAAUCGGGGGGACUACCUGAACCCUCUAUUUAGAGAUGAUCCCAGUCAGACCCAGGGAACCCUCCAUCUCCCCACGAUGCCAUGCAACUUCAUGUACAAGUUUUGGAGUGGAAUGUAUAACCGCUUUGAAAAGGGGCUGCAGCCCCGACAGUCGGUCACAGAUUACCUUAUGGCUGUGAAGGAGGAAACCCAGCAGCUGGAGGAAGAACUCGAGGCCCUAGAAGAAAGGCUGGAAAGAAUUCAGAAAGUCCAGUUAAAUCGCACUCAAGUGAAGAGUAAGCAAAGUGAACCCAGCAAACACUCAGGGUUUUCUACCUCCGACAACAGCACAGCCAACACUCCCCAGGAUUACAGCGGGAAUAUGAAAUCAUUUCCAUCCAGGAGCCCUUCACAGGGCGAUGAAGAUUCUGCUUUGAUUCUAACCCAGGACAAUUUGAAAAGCUCAGACCCAGAUCUGUCAGCCAACAGUGAUCAAGAGUCCGGGGUAGAAGAUCUGAGCUGCCGCUCCCCCAGCGGGGGGGAGUGUGUGCCGGAAGAUUGGGACUCCCGUGUCCUCCGCUGUGGUGCCUGCUGGGAAAGCUGGAACUUCUGUGACCACUACGGGAAGGAAACAUUCCUGAAUACCCACAAGACUCUGCCACAAACUUGACACACUUACCUCAGUUAUCUCAUCUACACAUCCGGAGUAGUAAUACCUUCCUCGUCUGGUCAUUUUGAAGAUUAAAUGGCAUGCCCUUAGCACAGUACCAGGAAGACAGGUGAUUAAAAAAAGUUAAUUUCUUUACCCAAAUUAUAUCUUUACAGUCCGUGUGAAUACCUGCCCUUCCACACACAUAGACUAAGUAUUAAGUAUUAUUCAAGUCUAAGAAAAUAAUUUUGUUUUUCCUAAAGUUCUAUUGCUAAAAACGUGUAUAGAAAGAAGAAAAAAGAAAAGAAAAAAACGGUACUGUAUGCUGGUGUUUGGAAUGGCAAUCAUACUGUGAUGAAGUUUAAAUAAAAAUUGUCAUUAGGUUGUUUUGUGAUUUGGAUACUACUUUACCAAGCCUCAGAUAUCUAGUUCAAGAUUAUCUACUUAAUUAGCUUUCACAGCUACCCAUAAAAUAUAUUCAUUCUGUAACGUAGUAUAA